CUUAUUUUUCUUUCAAAACUAUUUUAUUCUAUCUUACUUUUAAUAUGAAUAAUGUCAAUAAUGAAGAAAUAACCAGUCAGCAGUUGAAUCCUUCUUCACAGACAGAAAACCCAUCUCAACCGAAUACUGUACUACCGAAAAGUCCUCCAACAGAACCAACUAAUAAAACAAUACAAGAAACGAUAACCAGUAACGAUACCAGUGAAGAAAACCAAAAAUAUUGUCGUAUAUGCGGAGAAGGUGAAGAAGAAGAAUACAGCGAUGACUUUUACAAUGAUAUGCAUGACGAUGAGGAAUGUUUGAUCGGUGAUCCUAUGCUUCCCAACACUCAACAACAAAAUAACCAGUCGGGUUUUACUCAAUUGAUGACAAGAUACCAUAGCAGCUCUUCAUGGGAGGAAGAUAAUAAUACCCAUCCUAGAACAAGUAGUCAAGAUACCAAGAAAUGGAUUCAACAACAAAACCCUCUUAUUCGACCUUGUCGGUGUAAAGGCUCUAUGUUAUACGUGCACGUGGCAUGUCUCAAUCGCUGGCGUAUGCUCUCCCCUCGCGCGUCAUCGUAUGUAGCCUGUGAUCUCUGUGGUUACGAAUACAAUAUCUAUCGACCUCGUUAUGCGGCGAUUGUGACCAAUGUUCAUUUUCUUCGCAUCAUGACAGCCAUCCUUGUGGUACUUUCGAUUGUGGCAAGUGCUUAUCUUUGCAAACUGGUGGAUCUGUAUCUGCUAGGUCAUUUACCAACGGAUCAAGACGAAUGGAGAAAAUUACAUGGACCAACUUGGUUAUGGAUGGAUCGUUUUUACUUAUUUGCUGGCCUGAUCGUUAUUUCCAUGCUUGGCAUCGCCUAUUUACUAUUUUUAUGUGUGGCUCGACCCAAUCAACUGGCAUCUUUGACUUCUCCUUCCUCGCAUCAUGAUGGUUUCUCCUUUCUUUGUUGUGAUCAAUCUUCUUGUCCUUGGUAUAGUUGUUAUUUGGCUGAUUUUGCUGCUUGUAGUGGUGAUGCCGCAGCUGGUGGUUUCUUGGUCUUUGUGGUCUUGAUGUCGUUAUUGGCUAUUCUCUUUGGGAUCCUUGGUGCUGUGACCGGUGUGUUUCGAUUGAUAGAAUCUUGGGUGGAUCAUAUUGCUGGUCAUAUCAAGGAAAGAAUAUUGGACGUAGAUUAGAUUAUAAUAGUAUACUUUAUCA